UCUGAGCUGCUUCAGAUAUACUCUGAUAGAGAAGAAGAAGAAGAAGCGAUCAGCUGAGCAAUGGCCACCGCGAUACCUCUCUUCGCUUCUUUCAAGUACACCGAUAGUCUCACCGUCGUCGGAAUCUCCUUCUGCACGGCGUUGGUCUGCGAAGCAAUCUCAUGGAUCCUAAUCUACCGCACGAGCUCUUACAAAUCGUUGAAAUCUUCCAUUGACAAAGCCUCCAGGAAGCUGGAGACGAUGAAGACAGAUAAUCCUUCUUCGAAGCUAACAAACAAGAAAUCGAAGACGAAGAAGAUAGAUCGCGUUGUAUCCAGCUUAAAGGAAUCGAGCAGAGAUCUGUCGCUCUUCAAGUUUAAAUCUGGUGCCGUUGUGGCUUUGGUUCUCUUUGUUGUGUUUGGGUUGUUGAAUUCGCUUUUCGAAGGGAAAGUUGUAGCGAAGCUUCCGUUUCAUCCGGUUACGAUUGUGAGGAAGAUGAGUCAUAGAGGAUUGAAAGGAGAUGAUUCCACUGAUUGUUCCAUGGCUUUUCUUUAUCUGCUGUGUUCUAUUAGUAUUAGGACUAAUCUCCAGAAGUUUUUGGGUUUCUCUCCACCUAGAGGAGCUGCUGGUGCUGGUGGUUUGUUCCCUAUGCCCGAUCCAAAGACGAAUUGAUCUGAUGAUGAAUUGGAAAAAAAUUAGUAAAAAAAAAAGAAUUUC